UAAUCCGAAAAAGGAAAUGGGAAGGUUCCAGAAAUGGGUAGAAGCUUGUGGCAAUACAGCUUUAACAACCUUAACACCCGAUCUUAUAUAUCGAUCAUAUGUAUAGUUUGUGUCACAUUCACUUCAGAACUGAGGAUAAAUCCACAAAUAUGUAUUUUCAAAAAGGAAAUCUCUGGAAAGGUAGUCCCUAUGCUACACUUACCUUUUCCUGCACCACCAACUAUUGAUAGUUUAGAAGUUGACAUACCAACAUCCACUGUUACUCAUGAAGUCAUCGACCAUGCAUUUCUUGAAGAGCAAGAUGUGCCGUUACAUGUUUACAGCAAACAAACAAAGAUAGCCCACGAUCAACCAAGUACUUCAACAGCUGAAGUAAUUGAGAAACAUGCUAGUACUUCAUUUAGUGAGUAUCGAGAAAUGAUAUGUACAACACCUGUAAUGGAUUUGGUUACACUACAAAUAAAGUUCAAACCUUAA